GCGCUGCCAGUGCUGGUCAGCCACGGCUCCGCCGACGAGCAGGUCGGCUUCGGCUGCGGGCGCGAAGCGGCGAGGCUGCUCGCGGAGGCCGGGGCGCGCGUGCAGUUCCGGGCGCACGAGGGCCAGACGCACGUCGAGUCUGGCUUCGGCCCGGGCAGGGAGGAGGCGUUGCGCUUCUUGGCAGAGGUCCUGGGGAACGGCGAGGAGUGCCGCGACUGA